UUCUCGCGAGCUGUCAAAAGUCUAAAUAAAUUUGAGUGCAGGUGCACACUUUGUUUUGUGAUUUUACUGUAGGAAUUGUAUUUUAAUAGAUAAAGUGCGUACGAAGGCGAAUAUACAUGCCAACUAUGAAGGCAACAAAAACACCCGAUGCUGCCAUUGUGGUGAGUCCUUCACAGAAAAAGUUGAAACAAGCUCGUCUUCCAUUCAAGAUUCUUGGUGAUGUUUCUCCCGCUCCUGAGUCGCCGUUGACCAGAAAGAGGAAGUUAUCAGCUCAAGACAAUGGUGUCGCCUCUAAAAUUGGCAAAAUAUCCAAAGAAAACGAAGAUAAAGAAGAUUGUGUUCUCAUUAGUGAUGAAGACAGCAAGGAUGCCAUAAAAACGGACAAGGAAGUCAGUAUUUCUAAUCCCUACGUCAAACUGGUGUCCAAAGCAAUCAAAAAGAAACAGCAGAAGUCAAAAGUAGCCAAAAAGAAGAAGAAUACCAAAAAUGUUAGUGAGACCAUCACAACAAACAAUGAUGUUGAAGAAAAAGAGGCAAAGGACUGUGAUAAGAGUGAAGUUAGUGAUGUAGAACCGAUGGAAGUAGAUGAUAAAACGGAUAUCUCAACACAGGAGGUUCAAGAGCCAGAUAAUGAUCAGAACAAAACAAACAACACUUUAAUAGAAUUAGAAGACUCUAAUGAUGAAUCUGAUGCUAACCUUCCCAUUCCGGAGCCUGAACAGUGGAAGUCUUUGGCUGCCAUCACUGGUAAAAACAAUGAAACAGCUGAUGAAAAUGAAACUAAAACAAAAUCAUACAAUCCCCCCUCCAAGACUGUUAGUACUCCUAAAAGAAGCCCUAGGAUUAAGAAGUCACAAUCAGAAGAGAAUAAAACUACUUUAAAUACAUCAGUAUCAGGUUCUAAGUCCAGUGAAGCUAAAUCCGCUCCAACCACUCCUAAAACACCGAAGAACACCAGAAGUUCCAUCAGUAAUGGACAAGUAGAUGACUCGCUGAAUGCUUCUAACACUUCUUUGACACCUAAACAGUUACAAAGAAAGUUGGAGUCUGCAAAAAAGAAAGAGGAAAGGGAAAAAGAGAAACAAGACCGUGAAAAGAAGAGGCUCCAAGAAAAAGAAGAAAGAGACAAGAUUAAGAAGGAAAAGGAAGAUCUAAAGAAGAAAGAAAGAGAGGAGAAAGAAGAGGCAAGAAAGAAAGAGAGAGAAGAAAAGGAAGAACAGAAGAAAAAAGAAAAAGAAGAGAAAGAGAAACAAAAAGAACUGGAGAAAAAGCUUCGAGAAGAGAAAGAAGAAUUAAAACGCAAAGAGAAAGAGGCGAAAGAAGAAGAGAGACGGAAAGAGAAAGAGGCCAGAGAAGAAGAGAGACGCAAGAGACAAGAAGCUUUAGACCAGGAGAAACAGGAACAAGAACUAAAAAAAAAGAAAGCUGCUGAAGCCUUUGCCAAUUUCUUUGUCCCAAAACAGAAGAUGGAGAAAGACCAGUCGGUUAUUGGACCUGUCAUACAAAACAAUAUGCUAUCAAGCUUCACACUCAAAUCUGAUAUGAGAUUAGCCCCAACAGUAAGACUAGAAUUGUCUGUAGAACGGAAGAAAACUCUUGAAGAGUUUUUGAAGAAACAGGAUGUGGCAGAAAAGAAGUUGUAUGUAAAAAGUCUGAAAACCCCUGAUGUGAAACCAGGGUCUUGUGGUAAAACUUGGCCCUUGGAUGAUAAAGAUGACGUUGUCAUUGUGGAAGACGAGCUCCAGCCGCCAGACGGUCUCGGUGAGGUGAUCUGCGAGUCCUCAGUGCGAGAGAAGCUGAGGCCCAAGUUACUAAGUUUCCAUGAGAACCGCCGUCCACCGUACUGGGGCACUUGGCGCAAGCGCAGCGGCGCCGUCGGCCCGAGGACGCCGUUUGCGCAGGACCAGAAGCUUCUAGACUACUCAGUGGACAGUGCAGACGAGUGGGAAGAGGAGGCGGAGGGCGAGAGCAUCGACGGCAGCGCGGCCGGCAGCGACCUCGACGACAACGACGACUACGAGGUGGACCACGAGCUGUUCGUGCCGCACGGGUACCUUAGCGACGAGGAAGCUACAAUGGAUGAGGACGACGUCCUGGCUCUGUCUCCAGAAGCGCAGCAAGCGAGACUCAAACACUUAGAAGACGAAUUCGCUUCAGAAAUGAGGAAGCCAACAGAAAAACUCAAGCCGCGACUUUACGGACCGAUCUGGGAGACGAAGGACGGCGGCCGCCCUGAAAAGUGUGUGGAUGCUCUCUGGAACUACUUCCAGAAACUAGCAAUGAUCGUGGAUGACGUAACUCCUUUGUUGCAACCUGCUCCGGUAGCCGAGGAAACAGAAAAGAAAAAGAACAAAAAGAAAAAACCGGAAAAGAAAGCCCCAGAGGGGGAAGAAAAGAGUCCCAAAAACGAGAAAAAGAGGAAAGCUAAACCUGAGAAGAAAGAGACUAAACAAGCGAAAGUUGUUGAAGCCAAAACGCCAGAGGCCAAGAAGAAUCAGCGAGGCAUCAACUCUUUCUUAACUAAGUUAAAUCUGGAUGAUCAUUAAUUAUUAAUUACAGUGUAAUUUAAGGAUCAGUUUGGUCACAGACAUUAAUAUCUUUCCCAAGUAGUUAUUUAUGUAAAUAAUACUGAUACCUUCUGAAAAACACCAUCAACUAUCAGACUGUAAACUACAGUGCCUUAUUCCUGGUGAUAUAGGGUUCAUUUUAUAUGUAAGAAAUAUGCGAUAUGUGUAGCUUGGAGCAAUUAGAUGAUGAUGAUCCUAUGUAUAUUGAGUAUUAUUAAAUUAACAUAAGAUGAAAGAGUCAAAAUGUUGCUUAUUCAGUGAAACAUUUUAUUUCGUUUGCAGUACAACCUGACCAGCCUGAAACAUUUGCCUUUUGUGUAUGUUCAUUAAUUUCAUUAUUCAAAUGUUAUUUUAGUAUAUUUUUGAAAUCUCUGUAAAUAUUUAUAAUUUAUAGCUUUGUAAGUGUAAGUUAAUAAAACUUGUUUUAGGGUAA